CGGUUACUGUUUUCAGGCGAUAGUGUAACGUUUGAAUUUGUUUGCGUGAGUACAGUGUAUCAUGGCUGAAGGAAUCAAUAGCUUUGCGUACAAAUAUUGCUUGUCUUCACUGGCAGCAACCGUUGCAGAAACAGUGACCUUUCCUCUCGACAUAACAAAAACCCGCCUGCAAAUCCAAGGAGAGAGGGCAUCCACAGUGCCUUCUACAACAGCAGCAAAUGUGCCUUACCGGGGGAUGGUGAGGACGGCAGUGGGAAUUGUUGAGGAGGAAGGGCUGAGAAAUCUCUGGAGUGGAGUUACACCUGCUAUUUUGAGACAUAUUGUCUACACAGGCUCAAGAAUGACAGCUUAUGAAUUUUUAAGGAACAAAGUGUUGAAAAGAAACCCAGAUGGCAAAUUUGCCUUAUGGAAAUCAGUUAUUGCGGGAAUGACGGCUGGCGCAUUUGGCCAGUUGAUAGCUAGUCCAACAGACUUAGUCAAGGUACAGAUGCAGAUGGAAGGGAAACGAGUUCUUGUAGAGGGAAGAAGACCAAGGGUACUCAACACUUCACAUGCCUUUUCAAAUAUUGUCAAUAAACAUGGAGUACGAGGACUUUGGAAAGGAUGGGCUCCCAAUGUGCAAAGGGCAGCUCUGGUUAAUAUGGGAGAUCUUACAACUUAUGAUACUGUUAAACAUAUGCUGCUUGCUCACACAAGUUUACAAGACAACUGGGUUACACACACUAUAUCAAGUGGCUGUGCAGGACUAAUUGCUGCAACCAUUAGCACUCCAGCAGAUGUUGUGAAAACAAGAAUUAUGAACAACCCAAAAGUAUACAGAGGAUCAAUCGACUGUUUCUUGAAGGCAGUUCGUGAGGAAGGUUUCUUUUCAUUAUAUAAGGGGUGGCUACCAACUUGGAGUAGGAUGGCUCCUUGGUCUUUAACAUUCUGGCUUGUGUACGAGCGAAUCAGAAGCCUAACAGGAAUGGCUGGAUUUUGAGAUUUCAUUAAGGCUGACCUUUUCUAUUGUGGUGGUUUUAUAAAGGGAUUUACAACGAUAAAAGCCCUCCAAGAAUGGGUGUUGGAUGAAAAAGGGUUAAUGUACAGUCAAGGAAUAGAUACCAAUGGUGGGACAGAUCAACAUUGCCUGAUUAACAAAUAACUUAUAAUGACAUUGAAAAUACGCAAUAUUACUAAAAAAAGGAGAGAACAUAUUGGCUGUACAGGAACUAAGAAAGGUGGUUUUGUGGUAGAAGUUAUCCAUUCAGACACCUUUUAGUAGAUGACCUUUUGGUUCCUGGUAAUCUUUUCUUCUAGUAAGGAUUGUGAGACAAAUUAAGCAGAGAUUGUGUGACACAAUUAAGCAAAGAUUAAAUGACAAAUUAAGGAAAGAUUGUGUGACAAAUUAAGGAAAGAUUGUGUGACAAAUUAAGGAAAGAUUACGUGGCAAAACAAAAAUUUCCGUACGUGAGACUAAGAUAAGUCUAGCACUCUACAAUCCAAACUCGUUCACAUCUCAAAUCUUGUUUCAACGCAACAUAAAACAACAUCACAAACAUGUCCAUUAAAAGAUAGGAAUUUAUUUAUUGUUGAGCUUUACAGUGGAGGAAUCACGCCCAACGCAAUGGUAUAGAAAAGUUUUUAACAUCAAAAGAAACAUGCACAGAAUUAUUUUAGCAGGAAAUAAAUAAUUUAAUAAAUGACUAUAUUUACUUCA